CCGGGCGGCGGCUCGUUUUUUUACGUGCUGUGUUAGGGAGUCCGCGCUCUAGUGUAUUCUCUAUCUUGAUGGUGUUACCUUAAAACAUCUUUUGUACUGAUUGAAAAUUUAUAGAUAUGAAAAAUUGACCGUUAACUUUAUCAAAUAUCAAUUUUUAGGUCUUACCGUAGUCGCCAGUCGGUACUAAUUAUUAUCAAUUGCAAAUUGAUUUUACUUUUGAACUUUGAAGUAGCGUUAUGGAAUUUCAAUAGUCCACACUAUAGAAAACAGACAAGAUCACACUACAUACUUGAUACUUGUAUUCAGAUAGUGUGGUUGUUUGCAUUAAAGUAAGUGUUUUAUACUUCCAGUAGUAUGAAGUGUUACAAUGGAUAAAGACUUAGAUUUUUUAUUUGCUAUUCAAUUACAAAACGAAUUGAUUGAUCUCACUAAUUAUGAAGAAAAUGGUUUCAUAGAUUUAACUCAAUCUUCAUGUAACGUUACAAUUGAUUUGACAAAAUUUAAAUCUGAAGAUAAUGAACUUAAACGUGAGUUAAUAAGCUCAUCAUCACAAACAACAAAAAAAAAGCGUUCAGAUGUUGAAAGUAUUGUGGAUCAUUCAUGGGAAACUAUAGAUCCAAAUCCUGAUGUACAUGGAUUAUUUUUGGCGUUUAAUCGUCAAUAUUUUUGGAAUACUCUUGAUUCAGUUGUAGUUAAAUGGAGCAAUCGAAUGACAGUUUGUGCUGGUUUAUGUAGGUAUCAAAGUGGACAAUGUUCUAUAAGUUUAAGUGAACCUUUGCUAAAACUCAGACCCCGUAAAGAUUUAGUUGAAACUUUAUUACAUGAAAUGAUACAUGCAUAUUUAUUUUUAACUAAUAAUCGAGAACAUAGAGAUAGAGAUGGUCAUGGACCAGAAUUUUGUAAACACAUGUAUCGUAUCAACAAAGGAGCUGGUACCAAUAUAUCCAUUUAUCAUAAUUUUCAUGAGGAAGUCAAAUUAUAUAAACAACAUUGGUGGAAAUGCAAUGGACCAUGCCAAAAUCGUAAACCAUUUUAUGGAUAUGUUAAAAGAAGUAUGAAUCGAGCACCUAGUCCUAUUGAUUCAUGGUGGGCUCAACAUCAUGCUACAUGUGGUGGUUCUUUUAUUAAAGUAAAAGAGCCUGAAGGAUACGGAGUGAAAAAAAAAUCUACCAAUUCCAAACCACAAAUAAAAUCAGCUAAUAAAAUUACCAACUUCUUUAAAAUUCCGUCUUUACCUACAAAACAAAUAGAAAAUUCUUCGAAUAUUCAGGUAGUGGAACCAGAACAAUGUAAAGGUAACAGUAGUUCUCAAGAUUCUAUUCAAAGUGAUGAUAAUGAUACUACAUUAUGUCCAGUUUGUAAUGAAACAGUUUUUACUAGUUGGUUGAACGUUCAUUUGCAAAACUGCAAUAGUCUUAAAGAAAUGUUUGGUGGUGAAAUGGAAGAUACUUGUAAAUGUGUAGUUUGUAAUGAAACAGUCGAAAGAUAUUUAAUGAAUGAGCAUCUGGAUAACUGUAAAGGUUUGAAUAAUGUAUUUGACAAUGCAUCAAACAACACAAAAAACAUUAAUUAUGUUCAUUGUCCUGUUUGUGAUAAAUUAGUACUAGAAAAAAAUAUCAAUGAACAUUUGGAUAUUUGUACAUUGGAAGAAGAAUCUCCUAUUGAAAGUCAUUCAAUGAAGCAAGUAAGCUGCCCUUGUUGUGAUAAGAAGUUUAAGAAUGUAAUUGAAUUAGAUGAUCACAUCGACAGAUGCUUAUUAGGAAAUUAAUGUGAUUAUUAAAUAUUAUUAAAAACAUAUGUGAUUAUAUAUAUUUAUUGUUGAAUUAUUUGUAUUUAUAAGAUUAAGUGUCAUUUACAGUUUAAUAAAAAAAGUGAUAAAUAAGUUGUUUAAAAAAAUUGUAUAUUGUUUUCAUAAUUUGAUUGCGUGUUCAUUCCCUCUAAAAACGAGA